AUGGCAAAGUGUCCUCGAACUCAGAGCCAGGUCCCACUUAGACCCAUCCCGGCACUAGGCAAGUCAGCCCUGAGGGCCCCCGGAGGCCUAUUUGAACUCAGGUCUUCCUGGCUCCAAAUCCAGCUCUCUCCCCAGUGUUCUAUCUGGCUGCUUUUUAGGAAAAGGAAUUACUCUUUUGUGUUAUGGUUGAGUCAAGGCCUUCCCUUACUUGUUGGCCUGGUGGGCGUUGUGUUUCAGAUUACUUUCUAUGACGACAAGAACUUCCAAGGUCACCACUAUGACUGUGACAGUGACUGUGCUGAUUUCCACACCUAUCUGAGUUGCUGCAACUCCAUCCGAGUGGCCGGUGGGGCCUGGGUAGUUUAUGAAAGGCCUAAUUUUGCUGGGAACAUGUACAUCUUAACUCAGGGUGAAUACCCUGAUUACCAUCACUGGAAGGGGCUCAAUGACCGGCUUAGCUCCUGCAAGGUCAUCCAUCUGUCGAGUGGAGGUCAAUAUAAGCUCCAGAUCUUUGAGAGGGGAGACUUCAGUGGCCAGAUGUAUGAAACCACCGAGGACUGCCCUUCCGUCAUGGAACAGUUCCACAUCCGGGAGAUCCAGUCCUGUAAGGUCCUGGAUGGGGUCUGGGUCUUCUAUGAACAGCCCAACUAUCAUGGCCGGCAGUACUUCCUGGACAAGAAGGAGUACCGGAAGCCUGUGGACUGGGGCUCCCCAUGCUCUGCGGUUCAGUCAUUCCGCCGCAUCGUGGAGUGAGGGAGGGCGCCCGGGGGUUGGGAACGGAGGCUGGAUGCCGCGGCCCGGUGGGCAAAACCCCAACUGUAAAUAAAGCAAUGGAGAAGCA